UCGAGGAAUAAAAUAUUUUCUAUUGAUUGAGAGAGUUUCUUUAAAGCCAAUCUAAGAAAUACAUCUGCGAUAGUCUAAUCGUCAUUGUGUUUUCCAUCCCAACUCGAAUACACCUAGAAUAUACAGCGCAAAACUAGAUCUAGUCGGGCAGAAAGACCAGGAACUCCACGGAAAAUGAAUCGGCUGUUUGUCAAAAGGGUUGUCUGCCCUAUCACAAAAACCCUCCUCUGUUCCAGGGUGAGUCGCCUGUUUGGAGGGACCUGCGUGAGGGAUUCCAGUUGCAAGGACGAGUAUUCCCUAACAGAUCACAAGUACGAUGCGAUUGUGAUUGGAGCUGGUGGAGCGGGAAUGCGGGCUGGAUUUGGGCUGGCGGAGAAGGGCUUCAAGACGGCCUUGAUAUCGAAGCUCUUUCCCACCCGAUCGCACACGGUGGCCGCCCAGGGCGGAGUGAAUGCGGCCCUCUCGAACAUGGAUAAGGACGACUGGAAGUACCAUUUCUACGACACGGUCAAGGGCAGCGAUUGGCUGGGCGACCAGAACGCGAUCCACUACAUGUGCCGGGAGGCGGAGAAGGCAGUGCUCGAGUUGGAUACGUACGGGAUGCCCUUCUCUCGGACACAGGACGGCAAGAUCUACCAGCGACCCUUUGGGGGUCAGACCCUGGAGUACGGCAAGGGCGGUGUGGCCAAGAGGGCGUGCGCAUGCGCAGAUCGCACGGGCCAUGCCCUCAUCCAUACUCUCUAUGGACAGACCCUGAAAUACGCCGAAUACUGCCACUACUUCAUAGACUACUUCGUCCUGGACUUGAUCAUGUCCCAUGGCAAAUGUGUGGGAUGCCUGGCCUGGAAACUGGAUGAUGGCACCUUCCAUCGCUUUUUGGCCAAGAACACGGUGGUGGCCGCCGGCGGUUGUGGUCGAGUUUACUUCUCCACCACCGCUGGACACACAUGCACUGGCGAUGGCAAUGCCUGGGUGUCCCGCCAAGAGCUGCCCCUCAUGGACAUGGAGUUCGUGCAAUUCCAUCCCACUGGCAUCUAUGGAGCAGGGUGCCUGAUCACCGAGGGUGUUCGGGGAGAGGGUGGCUUCUUUUUGAACUCCAAGGGAGAACGCUUCAUGGAGCGCUAUGCCCCGAAGGCCAAGGAUCUGGCCUCCAGGGAUGUGGUGGCGAGGGCCAUGACCAUGGAGGUCCUGGCCGGCAAUGGUUGCGGUCCCCUUAAGGAUCAUGUGCAUCUACAGCUCCAUCACAUCGACGCGAAGAUCAUCAGGCAGCGAUUGCCGGGUAUUUUGGUCACUGCCAAAAUCUUUGCCAAGGUGGAUGUUACUAAGGAACCGGUGCCGGUUCUACCAACUGUCCACUACAACAUGGGAGGGAUACCAACGGAUCACAGGGGACGGGUGAUCACUGUGGAUGAGGAUGGCAAGGAGCAAGUGGUCCAGGGGCUGUACUCCUGCGGGGAGACAUCCUGCGCCUCGGUACACGGCGCCAAUCGGUUGGGUGCCAACUCCUUGCUGGAUUUGAUCAUUUUCGGACGGGUCUGUGCCCUUGACAUCGCCGAGAACAGCUGUCCGGGAGAUAAGCUGCCCGAGGUGGAGGACAAGGCCACGGAGAAGUCGCUGGAGAACUUCAAGUGCCUGCGCAGCGCCAAAGGAUGCACUCCGACGGCCGAGCUGAGAAUGGAACUGCAGAGGACCAUGACCAAACAUGCGGCAGUCUUCCGGGAUGGGAAACUACUCAAGGAGGGUCUCCUUAAGGUGGCCGAGCUAUGUGAGCAGUUCAAGGACGUUAAGGUCACCGAUCGCACUCUGGUGUGGAACACAGACUUAGUCGAGACCUUGGAGCUCCAGAAUAUGCUGGCCAAUGCGGUGCACAUCAUUACGGCCAUGGAGAAUCGCAAGGAGUCGAGGGGAUCCCAUGCUCGCGAGGAUUUCAAGAAGCGCGUGGAUGAACUGGACUAUGGAGCACCCAUGGCCGGGCAGAAAAAGAAGCCAAUGGACGAGCACUGGCGUAAGCACACCAUGACCUUUGCCCUGGGCAACAAGGGUUGUGCCUCGAUCAAAUAUCGUCCGGUGGUGGACACUACUUUGGACGACUCGGUGGCCUCCAUUCCUCCAGCUCCGCGUGUAUACUGAUUACGGGAGUCAGUACCAGGUUUAUUUUAUCUCUAAGAACAUGAUCUUAAUAUUAAUGUAAACAAUGAAGGGACUAUCCCGAAUGUAUACAUGUCUGUCCUUAAUAAAGUAAUAUAUCUGUAGCGGGGGUAACACAGAAAUCUCUCAGCCUCUCUCAGAUUUCUGUGUCACCCCCGUUUGUGAUAUUCCACGUGUUGCA